GUGUCUUUGGAUAGCUUUUGAAGUCUAUUUUCAUAUUUGAGUGGCCACAGUUCGAGAGGAGAGAGCAAUCAUCCAAAAAUCGAUCUGGAACGAGCAGAGGUCUGUGAACUCGAGCUGUGAGAGUGCUGAGACGGUUUGGUCGAUAUCUCGAGUUUUACCAAUCCAAUUAAGGCGUGUGAGAUACCAAAAGAAAGCUCUCAAGACGAGGAAUCCGUGAAGGUCUGGUUUGCAUCAAUCGGAGUAGAUUAAGGCUUCCAAAUCGUCCGAACAGAACGCGACCUCGCAGGAACGGAUUUACUCUUCUAAGAAUCGAGUUAGCCGGAAAACACCCGUUCGAGGGGCUGUUUUCGUAUCAACGAUUAGGGGUUGAAAUAGCAACUUGAGGAGGCUGUUUAGCACCCAUUUCUAAGCAAGGAAUCAGUUCUCAAGCUUCCUUGGCCGAGGCUUUGGUCAUUGGAUCGAGAAGGAAAGUUUUAAAGCUCAUUUGAGGUGAGGAUCGACAUCUAGUUGCUUACAACUUGUAGGUUAAGCAUGAGAUUACCUAAAUGCCUAAAUAAUGUUUUCCAUGGAUUAUGAUGAUAAACUAUUGAUGGAAUAUUGAUCUAUUUGCCAAAGAAUGAAAUGGGAAAUGAUUUGGUAAAGUAUUGAUAAAAAUGGAGUUAAAUGAACUAUUGUGUGAAAUAGGCAUUUUACUCAUGUGUGCAUUGUGUAGAUACAUAAAUGAUUAUUUAUGUAUUACAUUGAAUGAUUAAGUUGCUGCUACAUAUCUCUAAAUAUGUAGGGUUUUACAAAUGGAAUAUAUGAUGGAUAAGAAUAAUCUUAAUAGUAUUGAAAUACUAGUUAAUGAUUGUUGUAAUUGUUAAGGAAUUGAAUCUAUGGAUUUGAUUGAAAUUGAUGAACUUGAUUGUGAUGCAAGUGACUAAAUUGAUGUAAUGUGAUGCUAAGACCAUGGUUGGGCAGUCCGUAAGGACGUCCCAAAAUAGAUUAUUGAUAUUACAAUUCUAGGCAUAGUGAGUGCUUAGGAAUUGGGGUCUAUGCCAAUGUAAGGAGAUGUACUUGAGCCGUGCUCAUAGAAUUGCAUUGGGUAGACAUGAUGAGGUGAUUGUAGUGCUUAGGAAUUGGGGUCUAUGCCAAUGUAAGGAGAUGUACUUGAGCCGUGCUCAUAGAAUUGCAUUGGGUAGACAUGAUGAGGUGAUUGUAGUGCUUAGGAAUUGGGGUCUAUGCCAAUGUAAGGAGAUGUACUUGAGCCGUGCUCAUAGAAUUGCAUUGGGUAGACAUGAUGAGGUGAUUGUUGUGCAUGGUGAUGUAGUCGAGUUGGACUCGAGAAUGCAAACAUAUGUGAUAGGGUUGAACCCUAUGUAUUGUUGUGACUAGGGGUCACGGGAUUUUGGGGUAUGUUUGAUGAACAAACCUUGGGCCUAUGGGCCGACUACUUGACUUUAUAUAUAAAGUAAGUAUAUUUUUAAAAAGGGGUAACUUGGGGUUACGGCCUAUAUUAUACUAUCACCCUAUUUGAGGGUCUUGUGUUUGAAAUACUUGUUGUAUAUCUAUUAGAUGCCAUCCACACCAGCACUUUAUAGCCCUAUAGAGUGCUGACCCCUUCGGGGGCGUCCCACCACCAUUUUUCAGGUUGAGGCUAGAGCUUGCUUCCUGUGCUCGUUGCUCGAGAGAUCAUCUAGGAGCGAAGACUUGGUUCGUGCUUCCUCCAUUCGGGUUUUAAACAUUAAUAAACAUGCUCAUGGAUAUUUUACUAUAGAGCCUGCGUGCUCAUGAAUAGCCCGGUGUGGCCUUUUGUUUUAAACAAUGUUUUCCGCUGCGUUAUGAAUUACUUAUUAUGUUUUGUUUAUGGAUGUAUAUGUGUGAAUGAUAUUCAAGACGCCUUGUAUAUUAUGAAUGUGUUGAACUGCGGUUGGCUAUUCAUAUUGUACGGCGGGUUGUUGACGUGUCCGGAUAGGUCCGGGGCGUGACAAUUAAGUUGGUAUCAGAGCCUUAGUCCAUAAACUUCAUAAUGAAGUCUCAAAAUUCUCUUUUCAAAAUGAUUUUUGAAAACCAUGAGCAAAGACGUUUUGUACUUAAGGACUUUUGGUGUUUGAGUUGCAAGGUCUCUAAUUGUUAAGAUGGCGCCCUUAACGAUUGGUAUGGCGGUGACUUGGCCCAAGAGAUGUCUUAAGUGCCUAUCUGUCAGUUGACAUUUGAAACGAGUCUAAUGACUCAUUCUAAUUAUUUCUUUCAGCGAUGGAGGGUGAUGGUGGUAUUAUGAAUAGGGAGAACUCGGAAGGGCUUGCACCGGGUGGAACCGGGCAUGCCAACCGAGAAAAGCCCUUAGGACCAAAGGUGCAUGAAAUUCUUGAAGCUCAAAUCGUGAGUGGUGGUCAUGUUAAGACCAAGGAAGAAUCAUCUUGUUAUGGCAAAACUGAACCACUCAAGGCUUCGGGUGACGAAGGAGAUGAUUUGAGUGAUGAGGACCUUGAUAAUGCACCCAUUGAACAAAUGGGCAUGGUCAUAAAUUGGCUUCAACGUGAACGUGCUAGUCUUAUACAAAAACGCCAAGCUAGGCAAGCUAAGGACGCACCAUUAGGAAGGAAAAGAAAAUGGGGAGACCACGACCCCCAAGGACAUUCUAGGAGGACAAAUGUUGAGGGUGACAAAACCUUCGGGGCACACACAUUAUCGCUUGGGAGGAGCCGAGGCUCGGGUGGCCAGAGCUCGAGGUCAAAAGGUUCGAGAGUACCUAAGUGCACAAAUUGUAAGAAGCACCACCCGGGUAAGUGUUGGGACCCUCCUAGGUGCUACCGAUGCAGAGAGAUCGGGCACACGAAUGCGAAUUGCCCACAACUUGUACCCGACCAAACUUUGGGCUCAAGUAGUACGACUAUAGGCAUACGGAGUCAAGCCGGGGCCUCUCAAGCAAGUAAGGAACAUGGCGGAGCAAGUGUGAGUAACGCGCCGUCUGUGAAUCAAGGGAGGACUCACGCUAGAGUCCAUGCGAUGGCGGGGGCGGAUGCUCAAGCUAACCCGGAUUCUGUUUCAGGUUGAGGCUAGAGCUUGCUUCCUGUGCUCGUUGCUCGAGAGAUCAUCUAGGAGCGAAGACUUGGUUCGUGCUUCCUCCAUUCGGGUUUUAAACAUUAAUAAACAUGCUCAUGGAUAUUUUACUAUAGAGCCUGCGUGCUCAUGAAUAGCCCGGUGUGGCCUUUUGUUUUAAACAAUGUUUUCCGCUGCGUUAUGAAUUACUUAUUAUGUUUUGUUUAUGGAUGUAUAUGUGUGAAUGAUAUUCAAGACGCCUUGUAUAUUAUGAAUGUGUUGAACUGCGGUUGGCUAUUCAUAUUGUACGGCGGGUUGUUGACGUGUCCGGAUAGGUCCGGGGCGUGACACAGGUAUUUAUACAUGCAGUACAACAGGCUUAUUACAAUUCAUAUAUUUGGGCCUAUUACAACUCCUAGCCCAGUCCACUGAGAUUCUUAUUACUCAACACACCCCCUGAAUCUCAGUACAAGAACAUAAAUUCAAAGCACUUCGAAGUUUCAAGAACAACUGAAUCUUCAAUGGUUUUGUCAAGAUAUCGGCUAACUGCUCAUGUGUACUGCAAUACUCCAAAAUCAAUCUUCCUUUAUUUACUUGAUCCCUG